GGAGAAGAGCGGACACAGCGAGCUGCACAGUUAAAGAAAGAGCUGUCAUCUCAACAAAAAGGAAAUUGAUGCAUCAUAUGGAGAUGUGCUGUACUUCACAGAGGUACGGUGGCUCAGCAGGGGAAAUGUCCUGAAGAGGUUUUUUUGAGCUGAGAACAGAAGUGAAGAUGUUCAUGGAGGAGGGCAGGCUGGACCUUCCUGAGCUUGAUGAUCCCAAGUGGCUGAUGGACCUGGCUUUCCUAGUUGACAUCACAGAGGAACUGAACACACUCAACCUGAAGUUGCAGGGCCCAGGCCAGCUUGUCACUGCAGCUUUUGAAAAUGUCAGAGCUUUCAUGACAAAACUGAUGUUAUGGAAAGCUCAGAUCUCUGAGAAAAAACUCUUCCACUUCCCAGCAUGCAGCUCUCUUGUGGAGGAGGGCAAAGCAUUCAGUGGUGAAAAAUAUGUUGCUGCCAUUGAGACGUUACAGCAGGAAUUUGACCAGCGGUUUGCAGACUUCAAGACACACAGUGCCACAUUCCAAAUGUUUGCUGACCCCUUCUCCUUUGAUGUGCAGAAUGCUCCUAGUGUGCUUACAAAUGGAGCUCACUGACAUGCAGUGCAAUUCUCAACUCAAAGCCAAGUUCAGAGAGACCAAUGGAAAAGCAGAAAUGCUUGGAAAAUUUCUCAGAGAAAUACCCCCAUCUUUCCCAGAGCUUUCCAGGAUAUUCAAGAGGACCAUGUGUCUUUUUGGAAGCACAUAUCUCUGUGAAAAACUAUUCUCCACCAUGAACUUUAAUAAAUCAAAGUAUAGAUCCAGACUCAGCGAUGACCAUCUUAAAGCCAUACUGAGGGUUUCA